AUGGCCUCCCAAGCAGCGGCGGCGGCCGCCGCCGCCGUCUCGACCCGGGCGAACAGCCUCUCCCGCAUCUUCGCCACCUCCACACCAACCGUAAAGCCACCACCCAAGCACAAACCAAAGAUCAAGCGCUCGCCGACCCCGAAACCCCCCCCGGCCGCCGACGCCCCCGCGUCCGGCGCGGACCACAAGCUCGCGAAGCCCCUCCAGGAGACCCUCAAGCGCCUCCUCCGGCAGCGCGACCCCGACAAGCUGGUCUCCGAGUUCGUGGAGGCGUCCACCUUAUCCUCGCGCUUCCGCGACCGGCACCGCGUCUACGAGGUGGCCGUGAGCCGCCUCGCCUCCUUCGGCCGCCAGGACGGGAUCGAGGCCAUCCUCGACGCGCAGAAGCCCUUCCUCGAGACCGCCACCGAGGGGUUCGCCACGCGCCUCAUCCGCCUCUACGGCCGCGCCUCCAUGCCGUCCCACGCCGCCGCAACCUUCCGUGAGCUCCCCGCGCACCAUCAGACCACCAUGCCGUUCAACGCCGUCCUUGCCGCGUAUGCCGAAGCCGGAGAGUUUGACGCCCUCGCCGUCGCAUUCAAGGAGAUGCCAGCCUCCCACCCCGCCGUCGCCCCCAGCGUCUACUCUUACAACAUACUCAUCCGCGCGCUGUGCCAGAAACCCGACCUCGCAGCUGCUGUUGACGCCAUCCAACUCAUGGAGAAGAAUGGUGUUACGCCUGACGUUAUUUCUUUCAACACGCUUCUGAAUGGGUUCUACAACCUUGGCCGCAUGGAUGAAGCAGAGACGGUAUGGGAUAUGCUCAAGGAGAGGAAUUUGGAGCCAUACACAAAGUGCUACAACGCCAAGCUCCGUGGUUUGGUUGCGGAAGGGAGGAUUGAGGACGCAGUUGCUGUGGUUGAGAUGUUGGAGAAGGAUGGGCCGAAGCCUGAUACGGUGUCCUACAAUGAGCUGAUUCGAGGGUAUUGCAAUGCUGGGAGGUUACAGGAUGCCAAGAAGGUGUAUGAUGAUUUGAUUAAAAAUGAGUAUACCCCAAAUAGGGGGACAUAUGAAACUCUUGUGCCACGGCUUCUGCAGGCUGGAGACCUAGAUUGUGCACUGAGGUACUGCCAUGAUUUACUUACUGGCAAAGGGAGCUCUAGAGUAUCAGUUGGUCUGCUGCAGGAUGUAGUGGAUGCAUUGGUGGAGGCAUCGAGGGUGCAAGAGGCUACCAAUCUUGUUGGGCUUGGGCGGAAGAAGUACUACCCCCGAAAGGGUUUGAGGAUGCCACAUACUACAGAGGACAAUGAAUCAGGAGCUGAAACUGAUGAGGGCGAAUCAAUAUCAGAAGAAAAGGAGCGUGAAGUGGAAGACGAGACUGAAAAAUAAAAUUAUCUGAUGAGGAUUUUCCUUGGCUUUUGUCUGUCACACUGAUGUAAGCCAAAUUUCAUCAUGACCUGUUUUACCCAAUUUCUUCUCUUGUCCUGAUAGAACAAAAAUGUGCAAGUUAGUCUAGUGCUUACACUGGUUGAAUAAGGUGUUGCUUCAUCUUGCACUGUGCUGUAAUACCUAUAAAAUUUUCUAUCCAUUUUAGAUGAGAUCCACAGUAAGUCUUUAUUGUUACUACAAUAUCUAGCUUGGUGCUGGUUUCCCCAUUGCAUCAGAAAAAAUGAUUUUAUGGAUGUAAUAUUUUAUGUUUGGAAAGAUUCCUCAACUGCUGUGUAUUUUAUUGCUA